AAUAUGGUGUCGCUGCAGCCCCGCUGCAAACUUGAACGCCUGCAGGGCGCGGUGCAGGUUUGAUGUUUCAGCCCCUUGUUGGAGUUACGGUAAAGUACACCAAGCACGGCCGCCGGGCUCGACGACGAGCUGCGAGGGCCAUGACGCAGACCGCGGUGUCCUGCUAGGCGCAGAGAAAGCUACAUCGUUACGUGAAUCACCCGGCAAGGACUGAAGCAAAAUUUCUUACAAGCAAGAUGUGUUCCGCUAUUUCAACAACACCUCUUCUGGCUAAGAGGUGCGAGUCGACGCUGCCGAACGAGGCGGACAGCGACGUGACGUUCCUGGUGGGGCCGGACGGGUGCCGUGUGCCGGGCCACCGCAGCGUGCUGGCCGCCGCCAACCCCGUCUUCCGCUGCAUGUUCGAGGGCCCGCUCGCCUGCGGACACUCCGUCACCGUGCCGGACGUCCCGUGGAGGGGCUUUGCCAACCUCCUCAGGUUCCUGUACCAGGAGCCGGUGCAGCUGCCCACGGUGCAGACGGCGCUGGCGACGCUGUACGCGGCGCACAAGUACCAGUGCCACGGGCUGCAGCUGCUCUGCACCCAACACCUGGCCGCCAGUCUCGACACCUCCUGCGUGCUCGAAGUCUUCUCCAACGUGCGCGUCUACUGCGACAGCUUCGGCUGCGUCACGAAGGCAGCCCCAGAGGGUGACGAGUGGGCGCCCUCGGCGCCGCCGUCAGACGGCGACGAGCAGACGGCGCUGGCGGCGGACGCUGAGGAGGCGGCCGGGCUCGAGGCGGUCGUGGCGGGCUACGCGGCGCUGCGCCGGCGCUGCCUGCAGUUCUGCGACGAGUGCGCCGACGACGUGCUGUCGCUGGAGCAGCUGGAGGACCUGUCGCGCGACGAGCUGCUCGAGGUGGUGACGCGCGACUCCUUCGCGCCCUCGUCGGAGGCGCUGCUGUUCGCCGCGGUGGUGCGCUGGGCGCGCUGCCGCUGCCUCUGCUCGCAGCGGCCGCUGAGCGCCGACGACCUGCGCGACGAGGCGGGCGACGCGCUGCUGUACGCCGUGCGCUACCCCUUCAUGUCGCUGCAGGACUUCGUCGACGGGCCGAUGCGCAGCGGCCUCAUCUCCGGGGAGGAUGCCGUCUUCUUCCUGGACCGCAUCAACAGGCCGGGGGCGCCGCCCGCGGGGCCGCCGCCCAAGCACCUGGAGGCCCACCUGGACAAGAUGUCCGCCCCGAGGGUGGGCGGCAGCCGCAGCAGGCGCAAGAGCUCCAGCCCCGUGGGGCGCCACGCGGGCGCCACCGCCACCGGCUGCCUGCAGAGGAAGAAGACUGCCAAGAAAGACAAGAAGCACAAGGGCAAGGACGCGGACGCCGACGGCUUCUCCUUCUACUUCCUCAGCUGCCUGUCGUGCAUACUCGACUGAGACGACGCCCUUCUGGAGUGCCUCGCUGGGCGGACUCACUCUUCCUUCGUGCUUCUUCACUGAAGUUCCUGGGACAAGCGACACUCGCAGCCAGAAGGAGUCGGAGCUCCUCUUUGUAAAUGAGGAGUGGCUGCAGAACGACAGACGAGUGCAGUAUAGACUGAACUACUUCGUGUGACGCAGUUUUCCUCGUCGAGAGUUCCAAACAUUGUAAAUUACAACUUGAGAGCUGUAGUGUCGUCUGUGCAGUGUGUCUUUCAAGAGACACUACGUGAUCAAAAGUAUCGAUAUAUACCAAAAAUUGUUGUCCUAGUUAGCCCAGUCAAUUAGAAUCGAACCUCUUCGAAUCAAACCUCUACAGUUGAUAGAUCUCGUCAUCGGGAACAACUUUUGUCACAGAUAACGUAUUCGCUGUCACUUCCCGGUCACUUUAGACAUCCUUCAGCACUCGUCAUCCCUCGGACGACGAGAUUUCACCGAAAGCUGAACCUGAUAACCAGAUGCGCUGUGUACUAUACACCCCAGUUUACUGAAAGAGUGAUUUUCAACAAGAAAACCUUAAGAACACUUUCUCGAAAUGAAUAGUGAUAUUUUAGAAGCUAAUGAGGAACUUUAAUUUCGUUUGGCCUACUCCCAUUAAUACGGAGCAAAUGACUGGAUUAUAGGCAACACACAAGGCGUUCGCGCGCCACAGAUUGAUUACUCUUUGCCCCCUCGCUGGGGCAUAACCAAUACAAAAUGACGUCUACCAUCACUCUUAAGCGUCAGCGAACAUUUUCUCUCUGACAGAAGUUGUUCCCCUCGACGUGAAGUAUCACCCUAGACCUCUGAUGCAAAGACGUUGAAACACCCUGUUUAUCUAUCGUUUCGAGUCGAUCUUAGAUUGUCAAAAAGAGGACAGAAUUAAACUGAAUUAUAUCACUGUUAUACAGUCUCUGCAAAGAACUUCAGUAGUGGUAGCUACUGUUGUGGAUCUAUCUAAUUUCCGAUAGUUUCGGGUGGCAUUGGUAUGAGACACAAUGUGAUUUCUAACCAGACUGAUAAUCCCAUUUUUUUCUGUUUGUUAUUUUGACGACUGAGUUAUACAUCUCUUCAGCUUCCCCCACCGUCUUAAUUGGAACAGUUCGCUCUACUGCCCCUCAAGAAGUCACUUACUACAGUAAUCGUAAUAAUACGCAGAAAGUCCGUAAAUCCAGUGAGACACCCGUAAAUAAAUCUUCCAUUGAUCUGUGUACACCGGCAUGUAACCUGUGUCUCGAAGAAUCCCGUAAAUGUUCCAUCAGCUCGCAGUAGAGCAGUGGGUAGAUGAAGUACUGCAGUGAUACCACUCCCCUACAGUACAGUGUAAUGAGAUGGGAGCUCUGUCACUUUGAUGCACUCAGUCCUUCCAAGUUUGUCUUCGUUCGUAGGCAGUAAAUAAACCGUAAGAUCAAUCUUGCAACACUCUUCUGACACAUCGGCGUAUGGGGCAAACAAGCAGAUCCAGCUAUCUCGCCCUUACUUUAGCCCCCCGGUUACAUGAAGUUCGCGAUAUAUUUUCUUCAACAUUGUCCAAAUACUUUUGAUCACAUAGUGUACACUUUCCUAACAAAGCUGCCCCUAGCAGGCGAACUCACACAGUCAUGUCACCACACAAAUGAUCUCAUGCACUCGUCAAGAUCUUAUUCUCCGUGUCGUUGUUUCCGGUUGACUUUCUAGUCCACCCGUCGGGUGAAGGCGGCUUCCGUCUGUUAAUCUCGACAGUUUCGUAUUAUUUAGUUCCCAUGCCUUAUACCUUCAUGAAGAUUCCUUGCUUUCAUAAAUCGAUUCGGCAUUUUUAAAAGUAUAUAUUUCAGUUUUAUGAAAUGAUUGUUAUAUGUAGUAUCUACAGCAAUAGGCACUGAUCAUUCACACAAAAUAAAAGUUUGUAGCUAAUAAUUUAAUAACUGUGCGGCUAAGAACUAUAAUAGCAACAAACAAUCGCUAUUGAACAGAAGAAAUUCAUUUCUUGGGCUUCUGUCAUACUGUAUGUACUCACAAACUGAAAUGACAGAAAGAUAAUUAUCCAAUCAUAUUUUGAAGUUAUGUCCUUCAAAAGAUCUAUACAAAAGAAAUUAUUUUUUUUAUAUUGUCUUGAUUAUUACAGUGUGCAUUUCAAUUAACUGCCAUAAUGCCGUGGCACGAAUGUUAGUUAUUCGAAAAUGACUAUUUUCACUACUCCCUCAGAGCUUUUGGAGAGCUGAUUUACUCUCAGAUGUAAUUAUAUCCCCGUCUUUUGUAAUGGUUGCUGCAAUGUAAUUGAUGCACAGCGUUACAAAAUUCCUUACUCGCCUUUAUUUAGUGAGUACAACUUUGCAUCAUAACAAUAAAUGUAUAUUUUAAAUGCCAUUUGGAGCUGUGAUUAAAGUACUUCAGAUAAUGCUUUCGUCUGCAUUAGGCUUUAUAUGUUACCAUUUAAUGCUUACAAUAAAGAAAUGUUACUCUAUUAUAGAACUUGUUUGCACCUGUCAACUGUUUAUUGAUAAAUUCUUGUGACUCUUGCUGAAGAAUUGGUGGUGCUUUGUGUUUUAGGAAUGUCAAUGAUGUUUGCGAAUUUUACGUUUUUGGUCAUAUUGUACUGUGAGCAAAAUAUGUGAAACAGGCCACAUACCUACAGCAAGAGUUCAACAGUAUAGAUUGUUAUAUUAUGAAUGUUGAAUAAUUGAUGAUCGCUACAUGAUAUUGGUAAUUUAUAUUUUAGUGAACCAGUAAUCAGAGAAACUAUGCGUAAAUUGUAUUUUUGUGUCGAAUGAUGACCUGACAAAUACUUGCAAUGUCCAAAUUUGAGAACAAAAUUGUAUUUUUGUACAUUAUUCGCAGCCAACUUGUGUCUUCACCUAUUUCAGUCAGGUCAAAUUUGAUGAUUUGUUGAGUAGUUCCUCUCUUUCAAAGAACAUCGUUCAAUGUUUUUAAGAUAUAAACAAAAUAUUGUUGCAACUCCUGCCCAAAUAUUACACUGCCUAAAAUGCUUGCACCAAAUAGGCAAACCAUUGUUUUAUGAUUUUGUAAUUUAUAUGUGGUACCUGUAUAGACCCAAACUGUUUAAAUGGAGAAAACAACAGGAGAAACAAACUUAAAAUAUGUGCUACUUUUCUUGUAAAUUUGUGUUUGAUUCUCCUGUAAUUAAUGCUAGUCCACACCCUCUAUGAGGGAAAAUAGAAAAUAUUAGACUCCCAUGCCAUAUUUAUAGUAGAAUAUAUAAUGCUAAAGAGCAAAAUAUUAUGAAUGUCUUAUUGAUGUAAUAAAUGUUGAACCUGCUACUUUUAUUUUUUUUUAACCUAGAAAAUGAUUAAAAAUUCUGCAGCACGGACUGUAAAUCUUACUAGAAUCAGUGUUGGUUUUUGUUUAGAUUGAAGCAGAAUUCUUGGUUACUGCAAUAUUUAUCAGAAUCAGUACUUCAUACAAAAUAAGAUUCAUUGAAUAGUUGAUUAAAUCAAUUCUGUUCGAGUGGCCACAUGUCACAAUGGCUGUACAAAGAGUAUUUUGCAAACAUAAUUCUCUUUGUGUACUUUAAUGCUGAAAUUUAUUAUACCAUACUUUUUGUGCCUAAAAUGCGAUAGCCUCGUCAGUGGAUGGUCUGAAAUAUUAUAUCGUUUUUGUUUUAUUUGUGUUAGUUAUAGAUUUAAAACAGUUCAUAGCCUGAUUUUUUACAUGAAGUUGAAUGGUAUCUUCAGGUAAUCUGUGGCCACAUGAAGUGAAAACUCUAAAAUCAUCGGGACUGUAGACCUAACUGUACCACUUCUCUUUAUUUACAGGAUAUUUCACUUUAUUUACAAGAUAUGCUUAAUUUUGCUAUCAAUACGUCUUCAACCAAAAACUUUGUAAUAUUUCAGAAUACCAACUAAUGAUACCUCUUUGUAUUAAAGGCAAAAUGCUUAUGGUAUAAUAGAUUUCAAAUUUUAGAGUGCAAAACGCGUUCUGCGUAUAAACUAACUUCUACGUUGAUUAAUUCGUUAUAUCUCACUACUACAAGUUAUGUGCUGUGGCAUACAAUGACGUGUGUAACGAGGCAAUUCUGGAGACAGCGUCUAAGAAAAAACUAAACCAGACAAUUGCAAUAGGUGGAAAAUGUAUAAAUUAUUCAGUAAAAUAAAACUUUUUCACUUA